CGAAAUUCGUGCACACGUGGUUAUAGGAAAUCAGAAAUUGCAUUUACAUUUAUGCCAGUGUAUGUUUAUCGUAUUACUCGUGACAAUCUUUACGAUUUUUAUAUAAAUAAAUUAGUGUUAUAAAUAUCAAUUUCUUUCAUUAUUUUUUCAUUUUAUAUAAAUGAUAUCCACAAUGGCGACAGUAUCGGAGGAAGAAGGAAUUAAUGAGAAACAAGACAAUAAUGUUAAUGAAAUUAUACCAGAUAUAGAUCUUUGUAAAAAAUGUGGUAAUCAGUGUAAUCCUUAUACUAAACCAGCUUUACGUUGCAAUGGUGAUUGCGCUGGAAAAAUUCAUAUUGAGUGCCUUCAAAGAGGAAGUGUUCCAGUGUCUUUUGUCGGAGAUGUCUUUUUUGAAUUACAUUGCGUUGACUGUAGUCCAUUAGGCGAAGAAACAGUUAUAAGAGAUCGAAUGCCAUGGCUUAAUGUAAUUGUAUUAACUUUGUACAACUUAAGAGAAAAAUCCAGUGGAAUAAGUAAAAGAGGAUACUUCCAUUGGAAGUCAGAUAUUAGUACUUUUGUAGAUCGUAAUUGGGAUCAUUUAUUUAAGAAAACUGUCAAAAGAAAAAAGAAUUGGAUUGGUACAAUUUCCGGUACAUUGUCACAUUAUAGUGGAAUCUUUUUCAAAUCAGGAACAAUUGAAUUAGGAGAAUCUGGUUGGUGGAGACUAAUAGAUAAUGAUCCGCCAGAAGUUCUGAUUGCUAAAAAUGGAAAGAUGAUAAUGGAUCGUAAAAAACAAAAUGGUAAUCAACAAAAGUUAUCAGUUAAAUCGUAUAUUAGUCCAACGCCAUCCGAAUCAAGUAUUUCAGUAGGAGAAGAUAGCAAUUAUGGAACAGAAUCAGUAAAAACUCAGGGACCAUCGAUGUAUUCACAAGCUUAUGUACAACCAACAGAAACAUUAUCCGAUCUCUUAUUGGAGGAAGAUGAAUUAAAUGACAUGGAUAUGGAAGAUGAUUUAGUACUACGUGAUCAGCAGGACACUCUUUCUUUAUCAGAGCUAUUAGCAGAUUGUCAAUAUCAAAAUUCUAAUUUUAAUUUUCCUCGACUAUUUGAUAAUUUUACAUCUGAAUGGUCUAACAAUACAGAGACAACGGAAGAGUCAAUACAUGAUACCACUGAUAAUAAAAUUAAAAGAGAAGAAGACCAAUAUGCAGAAGAAAGCAAUGAUAGUCUUGCUCAAGAACAACCACCUCCAGCUUCAUUAUUCCAAGCUACAAAAAGAGAUAAGUGGCCUUGGCAAAAGUCAAUUGUUAAUAAUGAGAAGAUACCUCUUAUGACGCAUCAAGAAGAAGCAUAUCUCUUACAAAGAGUUAAUAAACGUUAUCUAUAUUCUGCUUCUCCUUCUGCAAGACGUCUAUACAGAAAAUUAGUUGUUAGAAAAUUGAAAAGAGAAUAUGGUUUGCCUUUAUUGGAUAUCGAUCAUUUUGGAUCUAAAGAAGUAUCUAAGAGACAUUUCAAAGAAUGCGAUAGAGUUCUAGACAGAUUUUUUGGAGAUGACAUAGGAUAUGUUUUUGAACAAAGAUUACAAGGCUAUAAUGAACCAACAUCUGUUGUUAGUCCAUAUACGAAUAGACUUUUAAAGCCAUUUAUAAGAAGAGAUACUUCUAGUCGACCACUAUGGUUAACUGUGAUGGAAGAACUUUGUGCUAAAGUUAAUAGAAAUAACUCAUCUUGGAAACCGCUACCAAGGGCACCAAUUGAUUAUUCUUAUAUUAGACCACAACACAUUCCAGCGAUCAACAGUCUCUGUAAUCAAUUCUUUUGGCCUGGUAUUGAUUUGACAGAAUGUUUACAAUAUCCCGACUUCAGCUGUGUUGUUCUAUACAAAAAGUUAGUAAUUGGAUUUGCAAUACUUGUACCUGAUGUAAGUUAUAACGAGGCUUAUAUAUCUUUUUUUUUAACGCGACCUGAAUGGCGAAAAUCAGGUAUUGGUACAUUUAUGUUAUAUCAUCUUAUUCAAACUUGUAUGGGAAAAGAUGUAACAUUACACGUAUCUGCUACCAAUCCUGCUUUGAUCUUAUACCAAAAAUUUGGUUUCAAAGUUGAAGAAUUUAUUCAAGACUUUUAUGAUAAAUACAUGCCACCGAAUUCACGAGAAUGUAGACAUGCACUAUUUUUACGAUUAAGUAGAUAAUUUAUUAAUCUAAUUAUAUUGAUUUUAGCUUUGAUAGUAAAUAUUAAACAACUGUAACAGGAGAAUCUGAUCAAACUACGCUUUUUUAUACUAUGAAGUGAAUAAAAAGAUGUUUUUUCAUUACACAACUCAAGAUUAAUUUUUAUUAGCCU